CUGGGCUGCUGGAGGGUGAAAAUGGCGGGACUGUGCUUGGGGGCUCUGAUCGCGGCGGGGCAGCGAGGGCGGAGGGCGCCGCUGUGGAUCCUCAAGCAUGUUCCUCGCUGCUCCAGAGAGUGUGUUCUGGUGUCCCGGAGUCUGGCAUCAGCAGUUCCUGAUCCAAAUGAGAAGACAUUCGAUAAAAUUCUUAUUGCCAACAGAGGAGAAAUUGCUUGUCGGGUCAUUAAAACUUGUAAGAAGAUGGGCAUUAAGACGGUGGCCAUCCACAGCGACGUGGACGCGAGUUCUGUGCACGUAAAGAUGGCAGAUGAGGCCGUGUGCGUGGGCCCAGCUCCCACCGCGAAGAGCUACCUCAACAUGGAAGCCAUCCUGGAGGCCAUCAGGAGAACCGGGGCCCAAGCUGUACAUCCAGGCUACGGGUUUCUCUCAGAAAACAAGGAAUUUGCCAAAUGUUUGGCAGCGGAAGAUGUGACUUUCAUCGGGCCUGACACACACGCCAUUCAGGCAAUGGGUGACAAGAUUGAAAGUAAAUUAUUGGCAAAGAAUGCAAAGGUGAACACAAUCCCUGGCUUCGAUGGAGUCGUCAAGGAUGCCGACCAGGCUGUCACCAUCGCCAGGGAAAUUGGGUACCCCGUCAUGAUCAAGGCCUCCGCAGGCGGUGGUGGGAAAGGCAUGCGGAUCGCGUGGGGUGAUGAAGAGACCAGGGAUGGUUUCCGGUUUUCAUCUCAAGAAGCUGCUUCGAGUUUUGGCGAUGAUAGACUUCUAAUAGAAAAAUUUAUUGAUAACCCUCGACAUAUAGAAAUUCAGGUCUUAGGAGACAAACACGGCAACGCUCUGUGGCUCAACGAGCGAGAGUGCUCGAUUCAGCGCCGGAAUCAGAAAGUAGUGGAGGAAGCGCCCAGUAUUUUUCUGGACCCUGAGACUCGACAAGCAAUGGGGGAACAGGCUGUUGCACUAGCCAAGGCUGUGAAAUACUCCUCUGCAGGCACUGUUGAGUUCCUUGUGGACUCAAAGAAGAAUUUCUAUUUCUUGGAAAUGAACACAAGACUCCAGGUGGAGCAUCCCGUCACAGAAUGCAUCACAGGCCUGGACUUGGUCCAGGAAAUGAUCCGGGUUGCCAAGGGCUACCCUCUCCGGCACAGACAAGCUGAUAUUCCCAUCAAUGGCUGGGCGGUGGAGUGUCGGGUUUAUGCUGAGGAUCCCUACAAGUCUUUCGGCUUACCGUCCAUUGGGAGACUGUCCCAGUACCAAGAGCCAGUCCAUCUACCUGGUGUCCGGGUCGACAGUGGCAUCCAACCAGGAAGUGACAUUAGCAUUUAUUAUGACCCAAUGAUUUCAAAACUAAUCACGUAUGGCUCCAACAGAACGGAAGCACUGAAGAGAAUGGAGGAUGCUCUGGACAAUUACGUCAUUCGAGGCGUUACACAUAACAUCGCAUUACUUCGAGAGGUGAUUAUCAACUCACGCUUCAUAAAAGGAGACAUCAACACUAAAUUUCUUUCUGAGGUGUACCCUGAAGGCUUUAAAGGGCACCAGUUAACAGGGACGGAGAGAAACCAGUUAUUGGCAAUAGCUUCUGCAUUGUUUGUGGCAGCACAGUUAAGAGCACAACAUUUUCACGGACAGGACAGUUCAAGAGUGCCAAUUCUGCAGCCGCAAGUGGCCCAGUGGGAACUCUCGGUCAAACUGCAAGACGCCAUCCACACUGUCAUUGCCUCCAACAGUGGCCCAGCCUUCUCUGUGGAAGUUGACGGGUCCAAGCUGAAUGUGACCGGCUCGUGGAACCUGGCUUCACCCUUGUUGUCUGUCAACGUUGACGGCACUCAGAGGACAGUCCAGUGCCUUUCUCGGGAUCCUGGAGGAAGCAUGAGCCUUCAGUUUCUUGGUACCGUGUACAACGUGUACAUCCUGAGCAAGAUGGCAGCUGAGCUGAGCCGGUUCAUGCUGGAGAAAGUGGCGGAAGAUACCAGCAGUAUCCUGCGUUCGCCCAUGCCCGGUGUGGUGGUAGCAGUGGCCGUUCAGCCUGGGGAUAUGGUGGCAGAAGGCCAGGAAAUCUGCGUGAUUGAGGCCAUGAAAAUGCAGAACAGCAUGACGGCGGGCAAGACAGGCAAGGUGAAGUCGGUGCAGUGUAAAGCAGGAGACACGGUGGGAGAAGGGGACCUGCUGGUGGAGCUGGAGUGAGAAUUUCCAGCCUCUCAGGUCUUCACUCCAGUUUAUCAUGCCUUUGUAUCGACCCCUUUCACACCCAACUGAUUCUCAGAGCAUCUUGAAGGGACACCCCUGGGUGCUGCAGACUUUUCACAUGGUCCUAUUUAUUCUAGAGUCCAAAACCAACGGUUCUGCCAAAAUAAAAUUAAAAAAAUCUCGCCAAUGGAAAUUGUUACUGAUAGACUUGUACAUAAGAUUUAUACUUUUGCUGAGACGUUCCCAGCGUCAAAACGAAGUUAAUAAAAACGAGCAUUUGUCUAAA